UGUCAAUAAUGUCAUAUUCAAUUUGUGUUUAUGUCUUUAUGUAAUAAAUAAGUCUAAUAAUCUGUUUCAUUACUCAAAUCAAAUUAUCAUCGAAAUAAAAAGUUGAACGGAGGGUAAAUUCAAAUUGAGCAUCAUUCUAAUAAGUAUGGCCGGUAUUACAAAGUUAACGACAGGAUUGACUGGUUUGGCCGUUGCACAAAAUCCUCAUCACACCCUUGGGAUUUUGUAUGGUAAACUUUUGAGAACUCUCCAAAAAAUGCCAGAAAGUGCUGCUUACAGAAAGCAUACCGAGGCAAUUGUCAACGAAAGGUCACAAAUUCUGAAGUCAACAUCAAAUUUGGAAAUAAUCGAAAAACAAAUCGGAUGUGGUCAAAUAGAAGAAGUUAUUGUACAAGCCGAAAAUGAACUGAUCCUAGCACGUAAAAUGUUGGUUUGGAAACCUUGGGAACCUUUGAUGAAAGAAGCCCCUGCUGGGCAAUGGGCUUGGCCACCAGCUCAACCAAAGGCCUAGUUUUUCUAAAUGUUAUAGUUUUAAUGUGUGGCAAUAAAUUACUGGUUGUUCUCA